AUGGCAACUAGUUCACUACGAUUUCCUAAACGAGCUCUUCUUAUUGGUAACAACGACUAUGAUGUGAAUAAACUUCAACGCUGUAAAAACGAUGCUGAAGACGUAGCUAAUCAGUUGGAACGGCUUGGCUUUGAAGCUACAUCCCACUUUAACUUGAAAUAUAUGGGAAUGACAGAUAAAAUUAACGAUUUUUUGGCAAAUAUUAUGGAAAAUGAUCUUAUUGUUUUCUUUUUCUCCGGUCAUGGAACUGAAUGGCAUGAGAACAAUUAUCUAAUACCUAUCGACAACAAAGCUCUUAUUCAACGACCUGACAGACAUCAACAUUUGGCAGUUUCCUCUCAAACAAUACUUGAGUCAAUGAAGAAGAAAAACCCAUUUGCAAUCGUAUUUCUGCUUGACUGUUGUCGCGUACAUAGUGAAGGAACAAAAGACCUGCCAGUGCCAUCAGAUUCCACUAUCGCUUCCACAAUAAAAGGAGUAGCAGGCUCCCUAGUUGUCUUCGCUUAUGGUCCUAACGAGAAUGCAUUCGACAGGUCUCCAAAUACACGUAACAGUCUCUUUACCUAUCAUCUGCUUAAACAUAUUGGGGAGCGAAAUUUAAAAAUUGAUGAAAUUAUGUGUCGAGUGUGUGAUGGGGUAUAUGAAGAUAGUGCUGGACAAUUAUAUACUUAUCGACUGAGCUCAUUACAAACUUCACAAGUUUACUUCAAUUUCACGACAACAGGUACAGUUUCUCUUUAA